AUGUCGUUAAAUUCAUCAUCUGAUGAUGAUAAUGAUGAAAAUUGUCUUGAUCAAAAUAAUACUGAAAUUCUUACGAUACAAAAAUCUUUAAUUUAUAAACAUCCAUUAUUUCCUGUACUUACUCAUGUACUUGAACAAUGUGAACAAGAAACACGUAAUCCAUCACUUUUAACAAUAAAAGAUGAUUGUCAAACACCACCAUUAUCAUCAUCAUCAUCAUUUGAAAAUAAUUUAAAAAUAUUUUUAUCAAAAAAUAAUGAUAUAUUAACAAUAACUCGAGAUAUUAAUGAUUCAUCAUCAAUGAUUGAUCAAUUAUAUAUUGAUGCUAUGCAAGUACUUCGUAUUCAUUUACUUGAAUUAGAAAAACUUAAUGAAUUAUGUGAAGAUUUUUGUCAACGUUAUAUUGCUUGUCUUAAAGUUAAAUUAAAUCCAAAUAAUAUUUUUAGUGAUGAUGAAGAAGAUGUUAAUGAUGAUAAUGAAUGUGAAGAUUUCGAAUCAAAUAAUGAUGAAGAUUUUGAAUCAAUAGAAGAAAAUGAUGAUGAUAAUUUUAUGUUUAAUCAACAACAAUUCAAUAAUAAACAUUUGUUAAAAGUACAAUCUUACAAUAAACAAACAGUACCAACGAAUGAUAUAAAUUCAAUAUAUAAUCAACAUACAACACAAUUUAAUGGUCAAACACCAUUUUCUCAAAUAAUUGCUAGUGGUUCUUCAUCAAUUGUCAACUCAUCAUCAUCAAUUUUAUUCGAUUCAACUUGUACAAAACAACGAAAAUCAUCAACAAUUGUUUCAUCAUCAUCAUCAAAACGUAGUAUUCUACCAAAAAGUGCCACAUCAAUUAUGCGUAGUUGGUUAUUUCAACAUAUCGCUCAUCCAUAUCCAAGUGAAGAUGAAAAACGAGCUAUAUCAAAUAAAACAAAUCUAUCAUUAUUACAAGUUAACAAUUGGUUUAUAAAUGCACGUCGUCGUAUAUUACAACCAAUGCUUGAAACAUCAAAUCCUAAUUUAAUAAUAAAUAAAAAGAAAAAACGAUGUGAUACAAUAUUAGAUGAUAAUCAUCAUCAACAUAGACAUAGUCGACAAAUGUCAUAUAUCAAUCGUUAUUGGCCAUCGAAUUUAAUUCAAUUCGAUAUGAAUAAAAAAUAA